GCACGUACGUCUACUCAGCCCAGCGCUGCCUCUGCACCUCCGCGGUGUCAGGGAACAUGAUCUUGCAAGAUCCCACCGCGCGUCACACCUUUGUGCUCACCGUGAACCUCACUUCCAGCCUGGGCCCGAGGGGCCGCGAGGCGCAGUCAGAGUUUGG